AUUAGAACAGCUAAAUUCAUCUAGAACAAAUUUUCCUAUGCGAUACAUUUUUGAUCUUGACACACCGAAUUUAGAAAUUCUUGAUAUUACUGACAACGAAUGCCCUACGGCAUACCCUCAUGUAUUUGAAAAAGCAACUAAGCUUAAAAAAAUUGUUGCAGGAAAUAUAAAUUUAAAGUUUGAUGGUAUGGAAAGAAUAUUCUAUAAUCUUGUAAACCUUGAAGAACUAGACCUGCAAAGGGGGCAUUUUUACAACUUUCCCCCAACAUUAUUAAAAUAUCAAACAUCUUUAAUGUCUCUAAAUGUAGAUGGCAACCUAUUCUCAUCUUUUCCAAUUACACUGACAUAUUUACAUAAUUUAAAACAGUUGUACAUUCGCUCUAAUAAAAUUUCAUGGAUCACAGAGUCAGAUUUUAUAAUGCUUAAGAGAUUAAGAAAAACGGAGAUUUUUGUUCGUGGAAAUCCUAUAACCUGUGAUUGUUUACACGUCCAAUCACUCAGAUUGAUGAAGGAAAUCCGGUACUUGUUUACAGAUCUCAAUGAAACCGUAUGCAAGGAAAAGAAUAUAACAGUGUUAGAACUUCUAACAGAAAGGGCGUUUGCAGAAUUUCAGAAAAAUUGUCAGACAGGAACUUGGCUGCCCGUUUCUUUUUCCAUGUUAACCAUUUUAACUGUUGCAAUCAUCGUCGUUUUCCUUGUGAAUAAAUAUCGUGUUCAUGUUGAUUAUGUUAUUCUGAAGUUACGUAGCAGAUGGAAAGGCGUAUAUUCCGUGGAAAGUGGGGACUAUGGGUUUGAUGCUUUUAUAUCUUAUGCUGAAGAUGACUAUAGAAUUGUAAGUUCUACAUUAUAUCAAACGCUAACACAAAGAGGAUUUCAGAUAAGUUUUCCAGAUAAAGAUUUCAUUCCUGGAAUAUCCAAAGCGGAUGAAUUGUUACGGUGUGUUGACAAAAGUAGAAAAGUUUUGUUCAUUAUCACUGAAAACUUUCUUGCCAAUGGUUGGAAUUCAUACGCUGUCCAGAUGACGGUAACUCAUUCGUUUCAUAAUAAUCGGAGACAGUCCAUCAUCGUGAUAAUUAAGGAUAAUAUAACCAUACAAAGAAUGCCAAAAGACUUACGAUAUAUCUGGUGGUCUAUUGUGAGUAUAAAGUGGCCGGAAACCAGUGAACUGAUGGAACAGUUUUGGGAUGAACUUGAUCUUGCCUUAAAAUCGGUUUAA